AUGUCUUAUCCCGAAAAGUUUCAAGGUAUUGCUGUUGCUGACCACAAGGAUUGGAAGAAUCCUAUAAAAAUUGACUAUGAACCCAAAAAGUUCUAUGACCAUGACGUGGACGUGGAGAUUGAUGCAUGCGGAGUUUGUGGAAGCGAUAUCCACUGUGCUGCUGGGCAUUGGGGCCAAAAAAAACUGCCCUUGGUUGUUGGUCAUGAAAUCAUUGGCCGUGUUGUUCGUGUAGGUCCAAAGUGCCACACCGGAGUUAAAAAAGGUGACCGUGUAGGAGUUGGUGCGCAAGUUUACGCUUGUCUGGAUUGUGAACGCUGCAAAAGCGAUUAUGAAAAUUACUGUCCAGAUUUCGUUACCACCUACAGUCAGCCUUACAAGGAUGGUUAUGUUUCUCAAGGUGGAUACGCAACACAUGUUCGUGUGCAUGAGCACUUUGUGAUCCCAAUUCCGGAAAACAUACCCACACACUUGGCUGCUCCGUUACUAUGUGGUGGUAUUACCGUCUUCUCCCCACUAUUGAACAAUGGAUGUGGACCCAACAAGAAAGUGGGUAUUGUGGGAAUUGGUGGUAUUGGCCACAUGGGUUUGAUUUUCGCCAAGGCCAUGGGAGCUGAAGUAUAUGCCAUUUCUCGUUCUUCAAGAAAAAAGAAGGACGCUCUCGAGUUAGGCGCCGACCAUUUCAUCGCAACUAAGGAGGAUCCUGAGUGGUACAAAAAAUUCUCCAGCACAUUGGAUCUAGUGGUCGUAUGCGCUAGCUCGCUGACUGACGUAAAUUUUGACGAGUUGGUCAAGGUCAUGAGAAUACCUGGAAGAAUUCUGUCAAUAUCUGUUCCUGACAAUUCAGAAAGGUUGACACUGAAACCGAUGGAGUUGCCUGGUGUUUUGAUUGGCAACAGCUGUCUAGGUUCACGCAAGGAGCUUUUAGAACUAUUGAAGCUAGUUUCUGAGAAGAAUCUAAAGAUCUGGGUCGAAACGCUACCGAUCUCUGUGAAAUCAGUUCAUGAGGCCUUCGAUAGAAUGGAUAAAGGUGACGUUCGUUACCGCUUUACAUUCAUAGAUUAUGAUAAGGAGUUUAAGCGUUGA